CCUGUAUUGUGAUUUGGCUGAGGAAAGUGCGCUGACUGCUGAACUGGGAAGCUAAUUGAGACACAACAAGAAAUUUAAGUUCUUUUUGAUGAUCUCCUGAUGAAGCAAAUCAGAUCCAUGUCAUUUUUUAAAGAUGGAACUUAUUAAAGAGGAGUGUGAAGAUGUGAAGAUUGAAGAAAGAUUCAGAGUGAAACGAGAAGAUGCUGCAGAACAAACAGAGGAGAGUGAAGACGGGAAAAUUGAAGAAGCAUUCAGAGUGAAACAAGAAGAUACUGAGGAACAAACAGACCUGAUGCCACUAAAAGAGGAAAGUGAAGUGUUAAGUGAAAUGGAAGAGAAACACCAUGAUUUUACAACUGAAGAAAAACCUUUAAAUUGCUCACAGACUGAAAAGACUUCUUCAAAAAAAAGAGCUCGAAAGACAGAUAAUUCAAAAGAGAAGUGUUUUAAAUGUGACGAGUGUGGAAAGAGUUUUCAUGAAAUGAAACGCCUUGACAGGCACAAAACAAUUCACUCCGGAGAGAAGCCUUUCAAAUGCCAGCAGUGUGAAAAGAGCUUCAGUCAUAAAGCAAGUCUAACGGCUCACAUGAAAAUUCACACUGAAGAAAACGCGUACACCUGCAAACUGUGUGGGAAAAUCUUCUCACAAAAAGGAAAUCUUAACUACCACAUGAUGCUUCAUACUGGAGAGAAACCUUACAAAUGCCAACAAUGUGGGAAGAGCUUCACACAAAAAGGAAAUCUCAAGACUCACAUGCUGAUUCACACCGGAGAGAAGCCUUUUAAAUGCCAGCAGUGUGGACAGAGCUUCAGUCAUAAAGUAAGUCUCAAGACUCACAUGAAAAGUCACACUGGAGAGAGUUCUUACAUCUGCAAUCUGUGUGGGAAAAGCUUCUCGCUAAAAGGGAAUCUUAAGUAUCACAUGAUCAUUCACACUGGAGAUAGGUCUUUCUUGUGCCAUUACUGUGGAAAGAGUUUCAGACUUAAAGGAAGCCUUAACAGUCACAUGAGGAUUCACGAUGGAGAGAAACCUUUCACGUGUCUUCGAUGUAAUAAGACUUUCAAAGAUCGAAGAGACCUGAAAUGUCAUCUGCGAACUCAUUCUGGUCAGAUAUUGGAGUGUUUCUCAGUGUGGACCAACUGGGAUCCAUGUGACACUAUUAUAAAGAUGGCAUUUAUUAAAGAGGAGUGUGAAGAUGUGAAGAUUGAAGAAACAUUCAGUGUCAAACUUGAAGAUGCUGAGGAGCAAACAGACCUGAUGCCACUAAAAGAGGAGAGUCAAGAAUUGAAUGAAAAUGAAGAGAAAGACCAGUGUGACAAACAUUUUGAUUUCGUAACUGUUGAAAGAUCUUUUAGUUACCCAAAGACUAAAAAUAUUUCUUCACAAGAAUGUGAUCAAACAACGGGAACAAAGUAUUUCUCCUGCUUGCAGUGUGGGAAGAGUUUCACUCACCUUGGAAACCUUAAAGCCCACCAGAGAAUUCACACUGGAGAGAAGCCUUUCAGCUGCCAACAGUGUGGAAAGAGUUUCACUCAACAAGGAACCCUGAAAGUCCACAUGAGGAUUCACACCGGUGAGAGCUCUUUCACCUGUCAACAAUGUGGAAAAAGUUUCACUCAAAAAGGAAGCCUUAUUGGACAUAUGAGAAUUCACACCGGAGAGAGCUCUUUCACCUGCCAACAGUGUGGAAGGAAUUUCACUCAGAAAGGAAGCCUUAAAGUCCACAUGAGAAUUCACACCGGAGAGAACCCUUUCAUCUGUGAAUACUGUGGAAAAAGCUUCUACCGAAAAGAAUCCCUUACAACCCACAUUAGAAUUCACACUGGAGAGAAGCCUUACACAUGUCUUCAGUGUGGAAAAAGUUUUACACACAAAAUAACACUUAAUGCUCAUAUGAAAACUCACACUGGAGAGAGGCCGUUCAUAUGUGGUCAGUGCGGAAAUAGUUUCAGAUGUAAACUAAACCUUAAUAAGCACAUGAGGAUUCACUCAAGAGAAAACUAUUUUAUAUGUCAUCAGUGUGGAGGACGAUUCACAGACCAAUAUGACCUUAAGAAUCAUGUAGAAAGUCACAUUGGACAGAAACCUUUUAUGUGCCAUCACUGUGGAAGGUCUUGUUCAAACAACUCAAACCUUGUGGUUCACAUACGAAUGCACACUGGAGAGAGGCCUUUCACAUGUAUUCACUGUGAAAAGAGUUUCGCAAACCAAGGAGUCUUGAAACGUCAUUUGCAAACUCAUUCUGGAAAUAAAUUCUGGGAACAAAAUCCUUAGUGCGACAGUGUUAAAUUUAAUUCUGAAUGAGAACAUGAUCAAUAAUGUGGUAAGAAAAUGUGUGAUAAAAAUUGUUUGCCGUAACACUUAAAGAUACACCUGAGAAGUCAUGUAGAUGCGAGACCCUGUUUGUGUUCUUUGUGUAGAAAGGCUUUUAAAUAGGUCAAUUUAAAAUGCCAUCAGAAAAUGUAUCUGUGGUAAAUUCAUUCUGAGUGUAUACAGUAGUCAACAUUUGAAGUGGAUCAGAAACUUUCAUCAAUUUCUUGUUUUAGGACAACUAUGAUGAACUUUUUUGAUCCACUUAAAAUGUUGACUACUGUAUUGUGUGAGUUGUCACCUGAUUCAGUUUAAUACCUCAGAAUUAAAUUAUUAUAUAAACAUCUAUCUUGUUUUGAAAUCCCACAAUGUAAAUGAAAAAUCAUAAAUAAAAUGACGUUGAAUGCUU